UGAAAACCAAUAUGGCCGACACGGAGGAUAUUCAUUGAGGACAUGAUAAACUUUUGAACCAAGAAAAUGGGACGAACGAUCAUAAUUGAAGAACGAGUUGGAGAUCAUAUUUCCUCUCUUUAUGGCUCGUACAAGUGUCAAAUAGGAUUAGUUAUUGGACAGGUUAGCUCAUUUUUAGUGUCACUACAGUCAUCAGUUUGGUGACUGCAUAGGAGACCAUAGGAGUACUGAAAAGGGCAAAGAAAUCACGCUUUUACUUUCUUGUGAAAAUAUAUUGAGAUAUUAACUCGUAUACGCUUACCAUCCUCCAAAACAAUCUGCCCCUCCCUUGUCUUAAUAGGUUUGUACAUGAAGUUCAAAAUGACCCCAGUGAUAUUCUCCUGUUUAGGGAUGUUCCAUUUUUAUUCCUAUCCCCCCUCCCCCCCCCCGGAUAAGUAUCCUCAGCCGAUAACUACAAAGACACCAAAGGAAGGUGGGUGUAGUGGGGAAGGGGGGGAUCAGGGUUUAACGGUCACUUCAUUCCAUGGUAAGAUCGUUCCAUUUCAUGGUCAGAUCGUUCCACAGUUUUAGUGUAAAACUCGAUGUGAAGCAUGCUUUUUUUGGCUUAUUGCUUAAAAAGUGAGGUAUAUACAUGAGUAGCACCCUUGUUUCUGCUCAUGGCUUAAAGACUUGUGAAAAUUUCUGACUAUAUUGUGGAACGAUAUGACUAUUAAGUGGAACGAUCUGGCUUGGAACGAUCUGACCAUGUAACAAAGUGACCAGAUACCGGGUCAGGAAAAAAAUGGAACAUUCCAUUGGCUAAAAGGAUGUACAACUGUUUGAAACAGUUUAAACAUUAAAAUGUUGUAGGUCAAAAAUGAAAUUAAGUGUAAAAUGGCUGCAGCUUAGGUUUGUCCCAAAUUGCCGUUGUCUCCUAGUGCUCCAUGAUGAUGAAUUAGAAAAUCAACAUGGAAAAUCAACCUAGGUUAAAACCAUUUUAACCUGAAUUUAAUCUGGACAUACAACACACAGUAAUUUUAACUGCAGUAGUUUUCAUCUGCCAGUAUCAAAAAUGCAUUUGCUCUGGAUUAUACAAAAUUAAAAAUGAUCUAUGGUGUUUCUUUUUAUCUUCAGAUUUCCCCACAGCAAGACUAUAUCAUUCAUUUAGCCAGAACACCAGAGCAGUCAGGUAUAGUAGCUACUGGCACAUGCCCCUAAAAUGCUAUCCUUGAUAAACAAAACAUACGUGUAUCAUUAGGGAAAGGAUAGACUGAACAUUUGAAUUUAUAGUUAGUUUAUAAAUUAUGUUUGAUACUAAAAUUCAGAAUGGCAUUCCAGAUGCAGAGAGUAUACCAUCCACCUUAGAAGAAAUCGAAAACAACUGGAUUAACGAACAUGCUCGGCAGGUAUUUUCUAGCAAUAGUUUUGUCAUUGCUGAACAACAAUUUUAUAAUAACAUCACUUUAAAGUCUGUACCUACUAGAACGUAAGUAUAUUCCCCGAUUACAGACACAAUGGUAUUUUCAAUAAUUUAUGGUUACUGUGUUUCUGAGAAAUCAUCGAUAAACAAUGAUCCUGGCAGCCUCAAACACAGAUGUUCUUUUGGCUCCUCAUUCAAUCCUGCCUUUCGUGCAGCAGGAAUGCGUGGCAAACCCCUAAAAACAUCUGCUUGGGAGACUAAGAUCUUGGAGAGUGAGCAUUUUUUUUUUCAGUCUGACCUACACCAUAAAAAAACAGCUCUUUAGCCUAUAUUUUGUGUUAUAUAUAAGGAAGCAGGACAAUAUAGUAUUAUAAAUAAUUACAUGAUCAUUUUUGAAAAAAACUUUCUUGUCAUCAAAAUGGCUUAAUAUAUGAUAUUUACAAGUACACAUGAAAAAGAGAUCUCACUUUUAACAAUGCUACCGUAAAUCCUCUAUUCAGCCGCCCUCCCCCUCUCUUUUCAGCCCCCCCCUCCCUUCCCCUCCCUUCCUCUCCCCCUUAUUAUUGUUCACUAAUGAAUGAUUGACUGUAUUAAUCAAUCAGAUCUGUAAAAAUUCAAGUGUGCUGAUCUGGGAUGGUUUAUUCACUAACUGGAAGACUGGAUUUGUUUUUGAUCCCCAGUUGCAUGACCUCCAAUUUCUUGUCCUUGAUCUUUUUCCACUUAGUCUGUAUUUUAGUCCUUUAUCGGGAACUGAUACUGUUGUCUUUGCUAAAUUAAUUAAGCCCCCAUCUCAAUUAAGCCCCCACCCUCAAAUGUGUUUGAAUAUAAUAAUUCUUUCAGCCAUGUUCAAUGUAGCCUUUUUCUUUUUGUUUUGAAAGGUAUCCAGAAUGUUGACAGGAGGCUUAGAUGUGAUCGGUGUUUUUGCAUUUGGUCCUUCAGAUAUGCUCACAAAAUCACAGGCAAAGCUUCGUCAGUUGCUGUAUUCUGUCACCAAGGCUGUUUACCACAAACCUGCGUCAUACUUUGAUGACCUCAGUUACAGCAGAAUCUUACUUCAAAUUUGUUCUGCAACCAAAAAGUAUCUCCUGAUUUUAAACUAAAAAAAUACUUUUAUCAGUGUAUUGAACUGUUUGCCAUGAAUGCAUAGUCACAAAAACAUUAUCCCUUCAACUAAUAUUAUUUAACAAUUUUUUUUGUACUUUCAUGUUUGUUUUUCAUUAUUAUUAGUUAAUAAAAUACUGUUUUAUAGAAAGAAGGAAGGUGUUAAUAUUUAAAAAUUUAUUGAAUUGUCUGUCCAGUAAAUUAAUUCCAUAGCAAUAUUACUGGCAGUAAAUAUAUCUGAUACUAAAUUUGAAUUAAAAAGUAGCUCCCUGAUAAUCAAAAUGUUCCUGGAUGUUUUUAUUUUAGAAUCACUUGCCGGACAAUUGACACAUCUGAUCAAAGGGUGAGUGAUGUCUAAAGUAGUGCUUCCAUCCAUCAACAGAUUAUUAAUAUUGGUGUGGAUUUUAGUGUUAAGGUGGAUUUCCAAUGUCGUGUAAUUUUUACGUGCAUAGACGCAUAAAAUUUACGUGCCUAAAUAAUUUAAAUAGAGGCAAUGUAGGGAAGGUCAUGUGUAAACAUAAAAGUUGAACCUCACUUAACUUUUACAUGCAUGCAUGGCCUUUCAUACAUUGCCUAUAUUUCAUUUACGCACAGAAAAAAUACAAAACAAUGGAAAUCCACCUUUAGUGUAUUGAAAUGUCAUGUAGCUAUUGUAAUAUAAUGUAAUGUGAUUUUAUGUAACAUAAUGUAAUGUAACUUCAAUUUUUAUGGGAAAUACCCAUACAGUAUCAAUUAGGUAACUGUUUACAGCAAAUUAGAAAUAAUGUCUUGAUACAUUAUUUAUUAAAAAUUUAACAGUGAAACUUCAAACUUGGUAUCCUCAUUCUAGACUAAGACACUGUAACAGCCAGUAGCUUUUAAAUCCUGACCUUCAGUAAGUUGGGGUGCUGGUGGAGGGGAAGCGGGGCAGGUGUCUGCAUUUAUCACCUCGAGGAUACUUUUUCAUGGCCAUCUGGGCCUUGGUUUGGCCAAAAAAUAAAAUGCGGGCCUUUGCCUCCUGGACCCUUCCACUAAAAAUGUUGAUCCACCACCAGAAGUAUAGUUUGCAUAGCUAAACUACAACUUGACAUUACUUAUUAUUGACUGUCAGCAAUACUGAAACGGUUGAUAAACCCUUUUUUGCAGGCCAAUCUCAACCCAGCUGAAGUCAAGUAUCAGUCCUUUGCAUCAAAGUGGCUGAAAGUAGAAGCAUCCUUGUCAUUAUGCAAUAAAAACUUCACUAUUAAAAGGAAACUUGAGAAAUCUAGUCUUCAGAGUCAAGUGAUGGUAAGUUUGGUUAUGUUUAACUCAAAACAAAAAUAGGAACUAUAAACGUGCAAUAACGUAGGCCGUUCUACCCACUGGCCAUUAUAUAUAGUUUUAAUUUUUUCCCUUUUUUUAUCAUUAUGAAUAUGGUUUAAUAGUUGUUUUAGUUUCAAUUUUUCCUUUUUUAUCCAUUGUAAAUAUAUUAGGAUAUGGUAGUAAAUUUGUAAAUAUUUUUCAAUAAUGUUGUUUACAUGAUUGUAAAGCGCCUUGAACAUAGGAUAAGAGUGCUAUAGAAAUAAAGUUAUUAUUAUUAUUAUUAUAUAAGAGCCAUAAGACUCGAAUAAUAUUUAAACUAAAAAACAACAACCUUACAAAUGAAACAACAACUGAUAUGCCAAUUUACUAAGCACUUAGCCUGGCACCUUAAAGAGAAAAAAGGGCAAAUAAUGGGGCAAGUGUUAAGAAACAGGUGAACUGAGCCUGGAAUUCCCCCCCGCCCCCCAAAUCAGGCUCGUUUUUUUUCCUAAGCAGCCCAUAUAACUGACAAUCAUUAGACAAGUAUGACCAGUGACCAAUUAACUGUUAUGUAAAAGAUAACUUCUGUUUUUUCUUUUUCUUUCAAUACCAGGGAAGCAUCAGCAGUUUGUUACGGAGCAUAUCUAAUGCCUUGUGCACCGUGAAUGGAGAGCUGAUCAAUGGCGAUCAGCUUCUUGUUCCUGGAGAAAAAUCAGGGAAGUCAAGCCGUGCUACUUCCACACAGACAUUUAAGAUUGACAUAUUCACUGAAGAGGUAACAUGGAUAUGCUAUAUUACUGAUGAAAACAUUUGGUCGUAGUGUACAGUAGUAGUGCUUAUGGACUGGGGUUUUAGCAGCCUUAGACUGUGAUUUGAAUACAAGCAUGAUGUAGAGGCUAUGUUAACACUAGAGGAGUAGAGAGAGAGUCAUCACUCUACAACAGUUUUGUACUGGAUUAGUUUUACCGUGUGCACACACAUGCGUGAUUUUGAAGUAAAAACGACCCAGUUUGUUUGCGUGUCUGGAAAUUCUGAAUGUACAAACUAAGGUGUGGCUAAGGUAUGUAAGUUCUUUGUAUUUGAAGUAAUACUCUCUGCAGGAUGAACAAAUAUGUGUAGAUGCCCAAUAAUCCAAAUACCCAAAAUCUAAAUGUAAUAAAACUGGAAAUCAUGAAUCUGGGAAAAUCUCCUCUAGUGUAAGGUUAGCCAGAUUUCAAGUACGAACAACUUGGAAUUUCAAGGUAGUAAAGUUCCCAGACCUCUCACUCCUUUCUUUGGCUGCCAUCACUGAAGGAGGCGUAAGAAGUAAGAUUGGUGGGCAAGUGAUUAUAUAACACUUGACCAGUCAAACUUGUAUUUAACGGUCAACCUGCGUCACGAGUGGCCAACUGGCCAUUCCCCAAGGGUAUCGCUUAAUGGGGGUUGGACUCUGGCUAAAACAGGCAGUUAAUUAAUGAUUGAUAAGUAUUUUCCUUUUUUUCCCCCAGCUCAAUGACUCCCCUAAAAAGGAGGAGACCCACGCAGUGGCAUCGCUUUCUAUGAGUGGAAAUAUGUGUUGUCGAGCUUAUGUGCAUCAGAAGGCUACCGUAAAGGAGGCGGUCCAGGUACCUCGUAGUCCAUGUAUAAGAUAUAGUGAAGCUAUUAUUCUUUGAUAAAUUUAUGCCCUAACGUUUCCGCCUGUCUAGACUUUACGGAUAAGGAUAUCGGCUAAAUUUUAACCUAAGCGCCUGUUAUGCGGACAUGCAAUCAAGGCAUAAAAAAUUAAUAAUCUACACAUGCUUGUAUACUAUGCACGAACUCUAAUGAAUAUUAAUUAGGUAUAAAUAUUUUAGGCUCUGAAGUACGAUGCAAUUCGCAGUUUUCUGUCACGAUGUGAAGUUCUAUGUGAAGACAUCAUGGACAGUCAGGAGGAGGCCACAAGUGAAGGUAAAUUCUCAACAGCAAUUGUAACUUUUUACCCAAUUAAAUGCCGUCUAGUCUUAUAUAGCCUGCGAAUGAAGCCGUUCUCUUUGCCCCUCUCGCCGCUAGGGGUGUUUUGCGGGAGAGAUGUCUCUGAUCAAACAUUUCAUACUGAUGCAAAACAUCCUUAGAGGCUCGGAGCGACAAGAGACGGCUGUAUUCAGAGACUAACCUUAUAAAGCUUUUUGCAGACCUUAGGUUUGGCUACUUCAAGAACGGCUGCUUCUGUUCUUUAAUCGUGUGACCCAGAAAACAAGUAUAAGCCGCACAAAAUAGUGGCCUUGGAAAUAGACAAGGAUAGAACCUAGUAACAGUCAUUGCUUUUCUUCUUUUGAUUUCUUCUUUUAAAGGUACCCCCUCAUCGACGUGGACAUGUCCUCAAAGAUUAUUUGCUCCUUUUGGAAUGGGAACUAUUACAGUAUGCGACUAUGUAUUCAAGGACGAAACUGUGAAGGUACACGUAUCAACAAAGAACUGCAUUUUCGUAACCAGCCUCAUUUUUGUCUCGCUUUCUUUAAGUGUCUUUACUCUUUAAAUAGAGUCGAUUUGCUUGCAAAUUUGGUCAAAACCAUUGCCCAAAAAUGCAAAAAGUCUGCUUGCGGUGGACUUGCGUCGCUCAAACACUUCUUUGCAUACUUAAGCUCCCUAAUAUGAAUUUGACCCCCGAAGUCACUCAUUAGUGAUAUGCUUAGGCACUGUAUACAAAAGCCGCCUGAGGGAUGGAAAUGCGCGCGCGUUUAGUGUAAAGUAGAAGUGGAGAAGAUGAAGCAAGUAUAAACUCCUUUCAACGGAAAUUCUCAACACCCCUGUUCCUUUUUUAGCGGUUGGUGAACAUUAGCGGGCGUUUGUUGAUACCAAAAAGCAAACUAACUUUUUAACAUGGCCCUUGCUCUUCAGGAAUCUCGAGAAAGAAUGAUCGAGUUGUUAGACGUUACACCAAGAGAAGAAGACUUUGAAUGCAAAGAAGAAUUUCCAGGUACGGUGUAGACAAACAUGUACAGCCUACGUACAAGCUUUCCGAGGCGCUCUGGCGGCCGGGCGAAAAAGGAGGGAGGCAGUCGAGGGAGGGAGACAUGCAGGGGAGGAAGUUUCCUUCCCCCCUUUUCUCCUCCACCCCCGUACCCCCAGGAGAGCUUGCUCGCAGGCUUGAAUAUGUAGGUCAAGUUUGUUUCAUUCAUUGCACCUCUCUAUUCUACCGAUUACUUUCUUGAUUUCUAACCUCAUUUUUUCAAAAGCUGCAAAUGACUUCGCCGCGAAAAACCUCCUAACUGAUAAAACUUACACGACUGGCCCAAGUUGUUCAAAAGGUGGAUAACGCUAUCCAUUGGAUAAAUCUCCAUCCAAUAGAUAAUGUAAUUGGUUUCGCUAAUUAACAAUUAUUCCUCGGGCCCGAUUGGGCUCUGAGUCAAUAGCCCAUUCGGCCUUCGGCCUCAUGGGCUACUGACUCAGAGGCCAUGAGGGCGAGUGGAAUAAUUGUUUUAGUAAAAGCCUACUAGUUGGUUCAAAAUAUCGAGACAAAACAACUUUAGCUAGUUAAAGCUAGACUUUAAUCCCUUUUUGCCGCCAAAAAGCCGGUGCUUUUCGCUACGAGUGGACUAUAACAUAUAGCCUAGUAGUAGCUCAACCAAUCUGAACGCAGCAUUGAUAAUAGAUCACUAGCUGGAUUUUACUAAUGCUUAUUGUUCGGUGGAUAGCGUAAUUCAACAACUGGACAACCGGAGCCAGGCUUCCUGGAAAAUCUGCCCUUGACUUUCCUGUCCUAAUGAUAAUUUUAGGACAAUCCCCCACUUAAAGGUAUAUGCAGCCACCGAAAGAGUUGAUUUAAUGACUGUGUCAUCUUUGCAGAUGUUCAAACUGUUAAGAGUUUAGUUGAGGAGAUGGACAGUAAAGGCAGCGAAGACGAAGCGGAAGAAGACGAACAAAGUCAACAAGGCAUAGGAAAACGUGUAAUAGGUGAGCCAGAAAAUUUCCUUGUACGUAGCGGAGUAUUUUCUCUAUUAUGCAUGUAAUCUAUAGAGACGAAGAUGAUAACUCGUUUCAAGCCAAGUUCGUAGAUCGUUCGUGGUGUUCUUCAGGGUAAUACACGCAAGACGCAUCUGUAAAGGAAGGUUUACCUCGUGUCCAGAUUCAAAUCGAGUUUGAAUCGAUACUUCUAAUGCAAGUAUACUUUACUUCCUUCUGCGGCAGUAACAUCCUAUAUUUUUUUUCACUUUUUUUAGCCAUUUGCCUGUAAGCCCUACUUUCCAGAUGCAUCUCCAUUUAUUUUCUUACAGUAUGAUUGGGAGAGUAUACUAAACGAUCAAAGCAUCCUCUCUUUGGUUUUCCCUCAUGACCCUUUCUUUUCCUUUAAUCUCGACCCUUUCCCCGGGGUCCCCAUCUCCCAUUUAAGGCCUGCGCCACAGCCUGCCAGGUUUUCCGGCAGGUUAAUUAUAGAUUUGCCUUGAAAACUGUCAGCCAAUCAGAGCAAGUUACGAUUUUCAUCAGUGGCGAAUGCGAUCUUGUGAGAACGGCAAUUUUGGCGGGAAAGGAGAGUGAAGGGAAAAUAGACUGGAUAUCUAGUUUAAUGCGCUGUGACACUUAUUAGUUGCAAGAGGUCGCUCUAAGACGAUGACUAACAUGCAACUUUCCCGGUAAUUCUUGAAAGGUAAUCAGCCCGGCUUGUUUUAUAUUUCACAGGUGCUGUAGUCGGAAUGGUUGUUGCAGUUGUUGCCGCCGGGAUAACGUUUCUUUGGGGAGAACAGGCGGGAUAGAAGAAGAAAUAAAUUAAAUUAAAUUAUUUGAAACAAAUUUGGUUGCGUGCUGUGUGACGAAUAUCCUCAUGUGCGCUGGCAAGAACAGUUUGAACAAUGCAGGUGGUUGUUUUCUUAUGCAAAUCACAACAGUCUUUGUUUACAAGUCUCUGGCACUAAGGUCUGGGUGAAACGUCGAACUUCACGUAUGCCGAAUCUGAGGCUAAUGAGCAAAAUCUAUUACUAUCGCUUAUUAGCGUUAGGUUCCACACGUGUGAAGUUCGACGUUUGACGCGGGACAAAGAAAUUACAAAUUAUCAGACCAAGAGCAACAACAAAUUCUUGAUAAAUUGUUUUAGCCUUCCUACGAAUUGGUGAUUUUGUUUGAUAUUUG